AUGGAUGAAAAAUCAAGGAAACCUGAGGACACACCAUUCAAGCAACAAAAGCUCAAGGCCUGGCAGCCAAUAUUGACUCCUAACUGGGUUAUUGGGACUUUUGCUAUUGUUGGUCUUAUCUUCAUACCCGUUGGCAUUGUGCUGCACACUGAGUCGGACAAUGUGGUCGAGUAUUCGAUUCAAUAUGAUGGAGAUGCAUUAACACCGUCGUCCAAUAUUGUGGACCAGGGAAAUGGCUGCUUUUUAAGCACAGAAAGCGAAGGCGACUCGUUCGAUGUGGAUGUUCAUGGCUGCAGAAUUACGUUUCGAAUUGAAAAGGAGAUGAAAGCGCCAAUUUACUUGUAUUACCAGCUCGACAAUUUCUAUCAAAAUCACCGUCGCUAUGUGCAAAGCCGUAGUGACGCGCAGCUUCGCGGAGAUGCUGCAGCCAGUACUAGCGACUGCUCGCCCCUGACGACAUCUGGCACAGGUGUUAAUAAGUACAACUCGACAGCACAGACGCCGAUUGGUAACAAUCAGACCGACUAUAUACUGAUGCCUUGCGGUUUAAUAGCCAACAGUCUCUUUAAUGACAUUUUUUGGGUUAACAAGCUUGUGACCAAUGGUAAUACAUACUACCAGAAUGACACGUAUGGAGGCAAUACACUCGUGAACCUUGUUGAUCAGACGGGUAUUGCUUGGAAGUCGGACGUCGAGACCAAAUUUAAGAAUAUCAAUCUGAACGAGCUAGCAGACCCUGAUAAUACUUUACUGAUUUGGCAGAACCCGCGCUACCGCUACAUCAUUCCCAUGUACAAUGGCCAACCUCCCAUCGCGAAUAAGACUGCUUGGACGACGCCUGCACCAGCAUACGGUGUGCAAAAUGAGCACUUUAUUGUAUGGAUGCGAACUGCCGGUUUGCCAAGCUUUCGCAAGCUCUAUGGUCGUAUUGACGUUGAUCUUGCAGAGGGCACGCAGCUUGAGUUUCUCGUCUCCAGCAAUUUCGUAGUGAGCACGUUUGAAGGUAAGAAGUCAAUUGUGAUCUCGACGACAUCAUGGUUCGGCGGAAGAAAUCCGUUUCUUGGCAUUGCGUACAUCAUCAUAUUGCCAGUCCAAAUGCUGGCGGGUCGCUAUGAACUUCUAGAUAAAAUAGGAAAUGGUGCCUUCGGAGAAGUGCAUCGGGCCAAAGACUUGGAGAUGGGCCAUAUUCGAGCCAUAAAGCGGCUCAGACUUAAUGACAAUGGCCAGCUCACCGUCAUACCGGCAGUUCAAUUUCAGGAAAUUGAGGCGAUGCGCCAACUUCAGCAUCCUAAUAUCGUUCAGCUUUUAGAUGUUGUACCUGAUGGCAGCUAUAUUGCUUUGGUGCUUGAAUACAUGCCAAAGGACCUUCUCAGCGUUGUUCGAAAUCGACAAGAGCCUUUGCAUCUAGCCGAUACUCGCGGACUUCUGCGAAUGUUGUUGCAUGGCAUUGCCUGUUGCCAUGAGCACAAUAUAUUGCAUCGAGAUUUAAAGCCGGGAAACUUGCUGUUGAGUGCCGAUGGCGUACUUAAAAUUAGUGACUUCGGUCUUGCUACUGUAUUCGCGGGACGGAAAGAACGCUCGUAUUCUCACCAAGUGGCCACGCGCUGGUAUCGUGCACCAGAACUGCUGUUCGGUGCACGUCAUUACGAUACAGCUGUGGACAUGUGGGCUGUGGGCACUAUAUUUGCCGAACUACUGCGCCCGACUCCGCUCUUCGCUGGACAGAACGAUUUAGACCAACUAUUUCGAAUUAUUCAAGUGUUUGGCGAUAUUGAAAAGCAGUGGCCAGGCGUACGGGAGCUUCCUGAUUUUGACAAAGUAUCCUUUCCAUCAUACGAGCCUAUGGCUCUUUCUACUGUUUUUUGCAACUCUCACGCUACUGCCGUGGAUCUCCUUUCCAAACUACUUACACUUGACCCUAGCAAAAGACUGUCAGCUCGAAAGGCUCUUAUGCAUGACUUCUUUUUUGAAGGGCCUGAACGCUUCUGCUUUUCAAAUAUUCACCCGAAGACUAGAAUCAGCGAAAAAAAAACGCAGAAAUUUGAUGACUGCAACGCAAGGCUUGGCAAACCUCUGCAGCUGACAGAAUUUAUGUUAUCACGAGAAUUCGACCAUACGGUGUUUUACACUUGA